AUGGAUCAUUGGAACAUAAUGAUUAUUCUUCUUGGAUUUAGCAUAAUGACAAUUGGAAAUUCAUCAACUAAAUUAGGAUACUUUUAAUCAGGCUAGUGCACUUGUGAAAAAAUAACAGAGCAAGGUGCUUGUCAUCCUAAUUUUUGUAAUUGGAAUUCCAACACAAGUCAAUGUACUAAAAAAGUUUGUUCUGAAAUUAAGUAAUAGUAUUGCUUAAUUUCUCCAGACAAAUUUAAAUGCAUUUGGAAUUUCUUCGAAAAUCGUUGUGAAUCUUUUACCAAAUGCUCAGAUUAUUUAUAUCCAAUUGAAUACGGGAGUUUGUGUUAUACAUUAGUCAAGUGUUAAGCUGAUGUUAAUAGUAUUGAUGAUACAAAUGAAAAAAUUAGAUGUAUGGAUAAAGAAUUUCAUGCCUAAUAUGCUAUUUCUAAUUGUGAAAAAGUGCCAUUAAUUCACUGUAAUUGGCUUGUUACUCCUGAUGGAAAAUAGUGCAUUAAAAAUUCUUUAAUGAAUACUUGUGAUGCCAAAGUAGUUAAUCAUUGUUCUGAUUUUAAUACUUCUGAACUUUGUAAUCCUUUUGCUUGUUUUUGGUAAGAUUCGUGCAAACCAAAAACCUGUUCUUCAUUAUAAGAAAAUGAAUGUACCUAUUACGAAUCUCUUGAUUCAAAAUAAUUUACAUAUUGUAUAUGGAAUGGAACUGGUUGUGUUGAUUUAGAAAUAUCAUAAUUAACUAUGGAAUAAUGUUGGCCAAAAACCUUUUCUUCUUAUUAUUGGAAUUCUGAAAGUAAGAAAUGUGAAUAUUGUGAGCGUGAUGAAGUCAACUCAAAGUCAAAUAUUCUAUUAUUCGGAGCUUUAUUUUUAGUUGCAACUCUAAAUUGA